CGUUCCUCGUCAUCCUCUUACUCCUCUUACUCCUCUCUCUCUCUCUCACACAUGGAUUUCUCCGAGAAGGAGUCAAAGGAGACCUCGGAGAGCUCCGUGAUAGCUACACACAUGCAUGGACCUGCGCGCUGCUGAGGAGUCGGUGUUGCGUUUUUACGCGUUAGGAUAAGAAGAAGAAGAGGAGAGGGAAAGUGUGGCUGAUAGAAGAUGAAGAGUGGAAAGGCUUUUUUCAGCUUGAUCAUGGGUGUGAAAUUCAGGACAUUCUCCUUAAAGUGUUUCUAAUCCCGUGAAGCAGCAGCAGCAGGAGAGAAAGAGAGAGCUGCUUUGGUGAUGCUCGCCUCAGAGGAGCGGCUGUGGCUGAGACGGUAGAGCAGGUUGUGGUUCGGAAGGUCGGUGGUUCGAUCCCCGGCUGGAGCAAGACACUUAACCCCAAAUUGCUCCUGAAGGCAGUGGCCUCACUUUGUGCUCAGCUGCGCCUGUGAAACAACACGGAACCAUGGCUCUCCUGGUGGUCCCGCUGCUCCUGCACACGGGGCUCGUUUUGGGAACAAACUACGGCUAUGUGGAGUGGUCGGACGGUGAGAGAGAAGAGAAGCACCCGCCGGUGUUCAGCACCCAGAACAUCAACAACAGAGAGCACCACCCGACCUACUACCACUCGGUGCCGGCCACGGAGCGCGCUGUCGUGGCGCACAAGAUCGAGGAGGACUUGCCGCGUGUUGUGACCGCCUUCCUGCACACCGGAGACUCCUCCGCGCUGCAGAAUGUGAACUGCUCCCGGAGGUACGAGCUGAGCAGCCUGCGAGGCGGCCUGCACGUCGCCUCCACUUACUCUCUGCACAGCAUCCUGGACACCGUGACGCAUGCAACAAACUUCCUCAACAUGAUCCUGCAGGUGAACAAGUCCAGGGAGCAAAGUGCAAACCGGAGGGACGUGCACUGGUACCAUGCAUUGGUGCAGAGCAUCCUCGAGGGAGAUCCCAAAAUCCACCGGGCCGUGGUGGUGAGCUUCCACGGUGGACCCCACGUGUUCCUGCAGGCGACCAGGACCGAGGAGAAGGAGGUGGUGCUGCAGGACCUGUCCGGUUCUGCGCACCGGUACCUGGGGAGCAGCAGCAGCAGCAGGGGUCCGGAGUCCGACUGGUUUAAUGAGUUCAGGGACGGGAGGAGACCGCUAGUGCACAGGAGAGUACCCGAGGCGUCGGGGGGAAAGAGUGGGAGUGGGAGUUACCUGCUGGACAAGAACCAGAUCAAGUGGUCGGCGCCCUACCUGGAGUGUGAAAACGGGGCGUUUGUGCCAUACUGGCUGCUCACCCUGUCUGCUGGAUUCUACGGACUGAAGAGCAACUCUGCACCAGAGUUCAGGGGUGUGGUUCGUGUGGAUGUGAACCUGCAGGAUGUGGACAUUGACCAGUGCUCCAACAGUGGCUGGUUCGCUGGGACUCACCGCUGUAAUCUCACCAGUAUGGAAUGCACCCCCAUCGUCGGCCAUGGAUUUGUGUUGGACAAGUACAAGUGCCAGUGCCGGAGAGGAUUCUACCAUCCCAGCCGAGUGGCGCUCAAUGGCUUUAAAAGUAAGGAGCAGGGCUCUAACAGAGACGAGACCUCCGACGUGUCCAGUAAGUGCCUGCCGUGCCGCGACGGCUGCCCCUACUGCCGGGACGACACGCCCUGCCUGGUGCGGGAGGAUGGUGUUCUGCGGCUCGCCGUGGCCUCCUUCCAGGGCCUGUGCAUGGUGCUGGACCUGGCCAGCAUGGUGGUGGUCUACCACUUCAGGACGAAGAAGAACAUCCGCUCAUCUGGUCUCAUUCUACUGGAAGCCAUCUUGUUCGGGGCUUUACUGCUCUACUUCCCAGUGAUGAUCUUGUACUUCCACCCCAGCGUGUUUCGCUGUAUCCUCCUGAGGUGGGUUCGCCUCCUGGGCUUCGCCGUCAUGUACGGCACCGUCAUCCUCAAGCUCUACAGGGUGUUAAAGGUGUUCCUGUCCCGCACGGCCCAGAGGACACCUUACAUGACCAGCUGGCGGGUCCUGCGGCUGCUGGUGGUGAUCCUGUUGGUGGUGCUGUGGUUCCUGGUGGCCUGGACCUCCUCCGUGUGCCAGAACCCCGAGCUGAGCCGGGCCCUGAUUACCGCGGGCCUCACCCCGGAGGGGCUGCAGUUCAGCAUGUGUCUGCUGGACCGAUGGGACUACAUGAUGGCUGUCGCGGAGUUCCUGUUCCUGCUGUGGGGGGUGUACCUCUGCUACGCAGUCCGCACCGUACCCUCGGCUUUCCACGAGCCACGUUACAUGGCUGUGGCCAUCUACAACGAGCUCCUCAUAUCGGCCAUCUUCCACAUCAUCAGGUUCACUCUGGUGCCGGGGCUGCACCCUGACUGGAUGCUCAUGCUGUUCUUUGCUCACACUCAUCUGACUGUGACCGUGACUCUGGGACUGCUGCUCCUUCCAAAGUUCCUGUCUAAAGGGACUCAGGCCCGGGAUGAUAUUGCCACCGAGGCUUACGAGGAGGAGCUGGACAUGGGGAGGUCUGGCUCUUACCUCAACAACAGCAUCACCUCGGCCUGGAGUGAGCACAGUCUGGACCCUGAGGAUAUACGGGAUGAGCUGAAGAAGCUGUACGCCCAGCUGGAAAUCUACAAAUGUAAGAAGAUGCUCGCCAACAACCCUCACCUCCAAAAGAAGCGCAACUCCAAGAAAGGCCUGGGUCGCUCCCUGAUGAAACGGAUAACAGAGAUCCCAGAGACCAUGCACAUACACCGGCAGUGCAGCCGCGAAGACGGCAGCGAACACGGCAGCAACCGCAGCACCCUGAGGAGAAACCCAUUUGAGCCGAGUCACCAUGGCAAACCUCGGGAUGACUCCCUGAAGAACAAAGUCAUGGGUUUGAAGAAGUCACUCAGCUAUGACCACGUUUGUGACCAGGACGAAGAAACCGCAAGCCAAACUGGCUCGACUGCAGGAGACAAAAUGACUCCUGUCGGAGGCGGUGGGGAAGGAUCUCUUCUGGGUUCCCUGAUUGGCCGGAAACAUACCAAGAAGCAGCUGGAACCGUCCGCGACCCCACCGAGAAUGGAACCAGCCGAGUCCACUGAGUCCGUUCCGCUGUUCUGGAAAUCAGCCAGCGCUCACAACUUGACGCACGAGAAGAAACCCAUCCACCUGCGGACCUCCAUCAUGCAGAAGUCUCUGAGCGUGAUUGCGAGUGCCAAGGAGAAGAUGCCGGGGCUGGCCAACAAGACGCAGAGCGUGGAGGACACCAGUAAGAAGGGUCUGAAGGGACAGGAGGACAGGAUGCUGUCUGAGGUGGAUGAGACCCCUGAGCAUUACCCCAAGAUGAUCAUCAGCCAGUCAGUGGAGUACUCCAAGACUCCCUUGAAGAUGGGCAUCAUGAAACAACAGGUAAGUGGCAGCCAGCCGUCCAUUUGCUCCGAGACCGGUAGGAACCUUUAUGACGUGUCCGAGGUUUGUCCCUGGGAGAUGGAAGAACCUCAGACUCCCUCUGAAGCAAAGACCCAGAAACAUGUUUCCAUUGCUCCUGAAGAAACCACGACCGGCCGGAGAGGCAGCAGCAGCUCUGGAGUCAGCAAAGGUAGCCGGUCCCAGCAGAGGCCGAAAGCAGGUCAGUCCCCUUCCAACAGGCGCCGCUCCAAAGAUAAAGGAGGAGAAAGGGAGGAAGGCAGGGAGACACGGAAAUCUCGACCGCCAAGGUCACCUCUCCCUCUUAAGCCAGACGUCUGUCCCUGGGAAUUUGAUGAGCAGCCCAUGCAGGGAGGAGAUUCAGAUUCCCUCUCCCCAGACAGGAUCAGGCGUAAGAAAAGCGUCACGCCCACCGACGGGAAACCCAAGGGGCUCCACUCAGACCACUCCAAGUCCACUGGGAGCCUUUUGCAGCCUCCCUCCCUGAUGGUAGAGAUCUGCCCGUGGGACUACACCAGCCCACCUUCGCCUAAGCAGGAGAAGAUCUGCAACAGCCCCACCACACACAAGAAGAAACGGAAAGGCUCCUGCUCGUCCAACCACAAAGCCGAGAAGGAGAAACCAAGAGAGAAGAGCAGAGAAAGGCGGAGCUCCUCCAGCAAGCCGGCGUCGGAGAGGAGACGUGUUAGCCAGUCGUCGGAGUGCAGCGGGCCACUUUCUGAGCGGCGGAGGAGCUCCACCAGAGACCCAGAGGCGGUGGAGAUCAGACGGGCAGAGGUUUUCUCUCGGGAGACCGAGCCCUCACACAGCAGCUUUGCUCAGACUAAAAAAUUACCAGAGAAGAAGAAAGAAAGCUCUUUGAGUACUAGUUACAAACCUGCAGCCAUCAGCGGGGCAAAGGUGGCUGAUGUAUGCCCCUGGGACUUUCAGGAGCACGACUCUGGGGGGAGGGCAUGAUGACUGGUGUGAUGAUUGUAUUCUUUUGUAUUCACAGACUGACAGCACAGAGGACAAAGCUACCGAACGAUAAAGAUAUAACGUUGCAUUUGAUAAGAACGUUUUUUCUCAAGGUGACCUAAGCUAAAAGAAAAAGAUUUUGCGAGGAGAAGAACAUUUAAUCCGCUGUCCAUUGAUGCAACAUAACUACUUGCUAAAUAGCAAACAUGUCAUUGUACAUUGCAGUGAAUGCAACCUUGAAGUCACUUAAGAGAAAUUUUUAGUCCGCACUUUUGCUUGCACAUUUGUCAAACUUACAUUGUAUGUAUGUUUCAUCACAUGAUUUGUAAAUGAAUCAUACCUGUAUUUUACCAAACAAUCAUUUUUCACAAACAAAGUAAAUACUUCACCUAAGAAUCUUCUUGUUUCUCCUGUUACGCUGAUGAUAUUCUACGUUACACAGUAAGCCAUUGGAGACAUACUGCGCUACGCUGAUGAUAUUCUACGUUACGCAAUAAGCCAGUGGAGACUUACUUCGUUAUGCUGAUGAUAUUCUACGUUACACAGUAAGCCAUUGGAGACAUACUGCGCUACGCUGAUGAUAUUCUACGUUACGCAGUAAGCCAUUAGAGACAUACUGCACUACGCUGAUGAUAUUCUACAUUACGAAGUAAGCCAAUAGAUGCUUACUGUGUUAUGCGGAUGAUAUUCUACAUUAUGCAAUAUACCAAUGGAGGCUUACUGCAUUACGCUGAUGAUAUUCUACGUUACGCAGUAAGGCAGUGGAGACUUACUGUGUUACGCUGAUGGUACUCUACGUCAUGCAGUAAGCCAUUGAAGACUUACUACGCUACGCUGAUGAUAUUCUAUUUUACGUAGUAAGCCAGUGCAGACUUACUGCGUUACGCUGAAGAUAUUCUACGUUACGCAAUAAGCCAGUGGAUGCUUACUGCGUUACGCUGAUGAUAUUCUACGUUACGCAGUAAGCCAGUGAAGACUUCACUGCAUCAGAUGCUGAUGAUGAAAACAAGCAGGCGGCAGGAGAAAAAAGUCCUAAGGAAAAAAUAGGAUAUGAGCUCUAAGAAGCAGGACCAAAGCCCCAGACACAGCUGUGAUGCCUUAGCUUUAGGCCAAAUACAUAAUUCAUGGCACGAAAAUGAUUUGUUUGAUUAGUGAAACAUGGGAAUAACAAUGGGUUGUAGUAAAGCUUCAUUUUAAAAUGAGAAAAACUGUAUGUUUCAGUAAAAGUACUCAAUAAACAGUAUGUAUUUUUCUAAAAAAUAAAAAAGAAAGCCAUUGCAUGUGGCAAACUAUCAAGCAUCCAAUAACUAAAUGUUUAUUGGUUAAGUCAUCUAUGACAGGGGAACUUUUGAUGUUGUUGCUGAUGGUAUUUGUCUCCUUAUGUACCACAUGAUGCUUUUGACAUGAUGUGCAUUGCUAUCAAUAAUGUACAUAUAUACUUCAAUUGGCUUGCAGUUACAGUUGCGCAGUACUAAAAUAUCCAUGAGGCUCUCCCUUCUGUUGAUAUUUGUUUACUGUUGACUCGAUGCCCUGGAUGUUCCGUCUCAAAAGAGGCUGUAGUAUUUCCACAUGUCGAAAGUAAUGCGAUGAAGUCUUUCAAGGACCAAAACCAAGCCUGACGAGGGUGGAUGAUGUGAAUAAUGCAUUUUUUUCUGUCCCUUAGCUGUCCAUUUUACAUCUGCCUGAAUGCACCUUCCUUCAAAUCUUUGCACAUAUUCAAUCGCUAAAACCACGACAAGCUAUGCAUGGCCAAAGCUUUUUUUUUGCCACUUUCUCGCUGAACAGAAGAUGAGUAAUUUACCACUUCAACGUCAUCUCCAACAACAACAGUCUGCCUUUCUGUCCUGUGAUCAGCCACCCACCAAUGACACCUAAUGAAACACAGUCACACACGGUAGUCAGUUCAGCUUCAUUACGGCUGUGUGUGCAUGACAGUGAAAUUACAGGAGUAAUGAUACACUCAAAUUCACCAGAAGGCAUAAAAAAAUCAUUACAUAUAUUAUGAAAUACUUAAAGAGGACCUAUUAUGCUUUUGUGCGUUUUCCCUUCCUUUUCGUGUGUUAUUUAUUUUUGUGUGCAUGUUAAAAGAUCUGCAAAAUUACA